CUUUAACACAGUUUUCUGCUGGUUUAUCUCGCACGAAACACGAUGGCGCCUUUGGGGACCAACGGCGGACACCAGGUACGCAAGGUCAUCGUUUGUUGCAUAGAAUCAGGAUAAAGGCUUUGCUUGGUCUUGUAUUAUGAAGGUUGUUUCGUAUCGCCCAUCGCUUCGACGUGAUCUUCUUCAACAAAACAAGUUCAUUUCUUGCCUACCASUUUCUGAUUGCUCUGAUUUCUCUUCCGCUUUCUCGACUUCAUUGUGCAUACAUGGAUGCGUUUUUUGUCACUCUCGGAUGAAAAAUCAGGUCGGUGCUAACGCCAACGGCAGCUCAAGUAAUGGUGUGGUCGGAAGCCCUUCAUUUUUCCAACGAUUUAUAUAUCGCCCAAUGUUUGGUUGGCUGGGAUUCUUUUUUAGGUUGGCUUUGUGGCCGCUCCGACGGAUUAGCGAUGUUUURUUGCCUCUGGGAGAAUACGAGGGAUUUUCUGAGAAUUCGAUGGAAGGUGCCUCGAAACAGUUUGUUUCGUAUCUCAAGAAAACAUUGCUAUUGAAUGACAACGCCGGGAAUGACAUUGUAAAAUUAUUCUCGACCAAGUCAUACGCAGAGGUACAACGAGAGGCCGCUUCGUCCGACGCCCUGAUCAUGGUUUAUCUGUAUUCUCCCUAUCAUCGUUCGACCGAUGAUGUUUGUCGACGACUCUUGUGUUCUCCUUCCAUGGUGAGAUUCUUGACRGAAAACGAAAGUCGCGUCAAGGUCAUCGGGUCGUCAACUGCUACUUCGCAGGGUUCCAUGCUAUCUUAUUCUUUGUCGGCCUCGAGCUUUCCUGUCCUGGCUUUGUUGCAAGCUGAUAAGAGCAGCAACAGAAGUAACAAUGCAGGGAGCAUAAAUCCGGGACCAGUCAAGUUGGUCUUCAAGGCUGAAGGUCCGACCUUGAUCAGAUUGACGGCAUUACAACUGAUGAGUUUGGUAACUACAACAUUUCAAAAACACGAGCGAAAGGUCCUCGAGGAAGCAACCAGGCGAUAUCAAAGAGAACAGGAAGCGGAAUUAMGGCGACAACAAGACGAAGAAUACCAAGAAACUCUGCGUCAGGAUCAAGAGCGCGAACGACAACGGAACGAGGCACGCCUGGAGGCGGAACGAGAAGAAGAGAGAAAAAGGCAAGAAGAGGAACAGAAAAUUGCGGAAGAAACAAAUCGUCUCGAUCGCGCACGGGCGUUGGUUCGCGACGAGCCGCCCAAAGGAACACCGGGCUGUGCGAGAAUCCGCUUCCGACUACCCAACGGAAAGCAACUGGAUCGUCGCUUCGAAGGCGACGAGACAAUUGGGUCUCUCAAAGCCUUUUUGAUACUGCAUUUUGCGUCGGAAAGCGACAAGAAUGGUGCCGUAGUGAAGCGUGUUGCUUUGUCCACUAAUUUUCCCAAAAGAACGUACGGUGCGGAGGGAGGGGAGAGUGACGAUGAUCUCAAGAUUUUGAAAGAAUGCGACUUGUGUCCCCAAGCUGUCUUGAUGGUUCAAGACUUGGAUGCUUAGAAACAGGGAAUGAGGAGUUGCUUUUUGAUAGUCUGAACYGUUAGUCUUGAAACAUAAUUGCGACAGGAUUUAACCGGGGACAAACAUAAACAGACUUCGUGAUG